AUGCGAGUUUCGCAGCUGUCGUUGCUGGCGCUGUUUUGCGGGGCGGUGGUUGGCCAUGGAAGUCAUGGACAAGAGCCUGUAGGGGAAGUCCCUUUGCAUGAACAGGAAUUUGUGCAGGAUACUCCUGAGGAAUUGGAGAAGAAAUGGGGGUUUGAGUGGGGAUUCUCAGGCGUCUCAACAUACGGGCACCAAAAGCAUGUCAAGUGCUUGACAACACCUGAUGCCUUGUUUGAUAUUGGAAUCCUUGGUGUUCCGUUCGAUACGGCUGUCAGUUAUAGACCCGGCGCUCGUUUUGGCCCACGCGCCAUCCGCGCUGCCUCUGCGCGUCAAACCUCCUUCCGUGGCUUCAACCCCCGCGCCGGCAUAAACCCCUACACCUCCUGGGCCACCAUAAUUGACUGCGGCGACAUCCCUGUCACCCCUAUGGACAACGCCAUGGCAUUGACGCAAAUGACCGGCGCCUAUCUCGAACUAGGACAUCGCUCACCGUCCUCCUCCACUCUUAAGCAUCCCAAGAUCAUCUCUCUCGGCGGCGAUCACUCCAUCGCCCUCGCCGCCCUCCGCGGCCUGCACAAGGUCCACGGCCCCGUCGCUGUCCUCCAUUUCGACGCCCACCUCGACACCUGGCACCCUUCCAAGUACCCCGACCCAUGGGCCAGCGAGCAAUCGCACUUCAACCACGGCAGCAUGUUCUGGAUCGCCAGCAACGAGGGCCUGAUCCUGAACGGCUCCUCCGUGCACGCAGGCCUGCGCACCCGCCUCAGCGGCGACGCAUGGGAAGACUACGAGGACGACGAGCGCCAAGGCUUCCUCCGCAUCAGCGCCGACGACAUCGAUGACAUCGGCGGGCCCAAGGGCGUCAUCAACAAGAUCCUCGACCGCAUCGGCACCGAGACUCCCGUCUACCUCUCCAUCGACAUCGACGUGCUGGACCCGGGCUUGGCGCCCGGCACCGGCACCCCGGAACCCGGUGGCUGGACCUCCCGCGAGCUGAUCCGCAUCCUGAGGGGGAUCGAGGGUCUGAAUGUCGUGGGUGCGGAUAUUGUCGAGGUCGCGCCGGCGUAUGAUGGGGUUGGUGAGCAGACGGCGUUGGCGGGCGCGCAGGUCGUGUAUGAGAUCUUGACGAGUAUGGUCAAGAGGGGGUUAGUGGAUAUGGGCAAGGUCGCAGAGGUGCCGGGGAGGGAUGGGAAGGGGGUGAAGGAUGAGCUGUGAGUGUGAUGAUGAUGAUGACGAUGAUGAUGACGAGGCUUUGAGUUAU